AUGGCUGAUUGGGGUCCGGUGAUCAUAACGGUGGUGCUGUUCGUGAUUCUGUGUCCAGGUCUGUUGUUUCAAAUACCAGGAAGAGGAAGAAUAAUCGAGUUCGGGAAGAUGCAAACAAGCGGUGCUUCCAUUCUUGUUCACGCCAUCAUUUACUUUGGACUCAUCACUAUUCUACUCAUCGCCAUUGGCGUUCACAUCAACACCAAUCGCUACUUCCUCACAACCUUCACACCUCACUCCAACCAGCCUUUUUCCAUGAAUCUGACCUCUGCCCUCAGAUCUUCAUACAACAGCAGCCGCACACAAACCGCCAGUUGCCGUUCCGCACCCUCUUUGAUUCGACGCUACCCUCAGCCCACCACCAAACAACCUCGCACCAUCAACCCUCCCUCACGACACCCACAAGCACACGCCAAACCCUUUCCGAUGUCAGCAUCACACAAAGCUGACAAUGGAACAUACCCUCCGCCAUUAAAACUUUGUCACUACCACAACCGGCGCGAUCCCGUUUCGCACGGUAAUAACCUUCAAUACACCCUCUCUCUCGCCACCGUAAAACAACAACACCCAUGUCCAAUUUCCGCAAGCUGCAACCGUUCCUUCCCAAUCGCUCUUCAAUUCUGUCAAACAACAAAAGCAGCUCCGCGUACCUCCCCUGUUCAUCCUUCGCCUGCUAUUCCGCUAGCAUCUCACCUCUCCUAA